AUGGGCGCGGCGACACAGACCGCGGAGGACUUAGAACAAACCGGCGGCGAAAAGCCGCGGACGCCGGACCCGCGGCGUCCAGAGCAGAUCGGCUUACCAUCAGACGAACGGGGGAAGGAGGACGCGCGGUCGUUUUGGCGGGGACCCGCGGAGGAGGCCAGGGUGGUGGCGAAACCGCCGAACCCCGAAGGGGAGGACAGGGAUACACCUCCGCCAUAUGCGUUUGAAAAUGGCGGGGAGGCGUGUGUUCAGGGUGGAAAGGAAGCCGCGCCGGGCGGAAGUGGAGUCAGCCUGCUUAACAACGCGUGCGCGGGCGAGCGGGGGGAACGGGGCGGCCCCCGCGGAGGAGCGACCUCCCCCAGCAGGAGGCGGGGGGACCCCAAGGGGAGGGAACGGUCCGAACCCCGCAAGAAGGGGCCGGACGCGUUCCAUCCCUCCCCGAGCCCGAGCCCCUCCCCGAGCCCAAGCCCGAUCCUCCUGCGGAGCCCGCUGAGUCCUAGACCCCCCACGGAACCUUUCCGGGAAUUCGCGACUCCCCUAUCCAUCCCUUCCCCGCCGGCCGGCGGCCCAGCGCCGGGGGCGCGGCGGCGCGCGCGGUCCUUUUGGGGGGAGCUGGCGGAGAGGACCCGGGGCACCGGGAGGGCGGCUGGCGCGGACGCGCGGGCGGCCCCGCCGCCGCCGCCGUACACGGCAAAACACAGCGCCGGUGAUCCAAGAGAUGGGCGGGGCGCGCGAGUCCACGGCGGGAAAAGCCCGGAGGCGCGAGUAGUUGCUGACGUGCAUGCGCAGGGGAGCGGCAAAGAGCGCAGAUUAGAUCAGGAGCCGCGCUCAAUACCGCUACCAUAUAAGGGAGAGAUCCCUCCCUGCGGGAGGCAGGGCAAGCCCAGGGGGCGGGAGCGGUACCACCCCCGAAGGGAGGAGCGGGGUCGGAGCCGAAAGAAACGGCACGGAGCGCCGGAAAUUUAUCGGCAGUCCACUUCCGACUCUGAGUCAAGCAACAGCUGCUCAGACAGCUCGGAAGAGCUGGCCGAGUCCGGAUGGGACUCGGAAGCUGAAAGAGCAGAACUAACGCGGUUUCAAGCGAAACCGAAUAAAGCCUUAAGCAAUAUCAGGAAACAAUCGCAACACAAACUCACCGAUUGGGAAAAAAUAAGAAUAGCUUUCGCGAAUUGGGCACCCGCAGCCGCGAUACAUGCCUUCCUGGUUAAAGUCACCGGAGUACAGGGGUCCAGUAUAGCUGACAUGAUCAGACACGUUGCAAACAAAGAAUACCUAGCUCCCAUUCAAGCAGCAGUUCACACUGCAAUAACGAGUGUGAUGGCACGCUUUAAGGGAAGCCAGCCUGGGCAGGCAGCAAUAAACUGCCCCCAAUCAAGACAGUCACCAGCAGCUGCCCCACCACGCCAGGGAAAACCUAAUGGACCGUGCUGGGCGUGUGGCAGGAAAGGGCAUGUAGCUAAGGAAUGCAGACCCAAGCAUCAGGGAAACAGGAGAGGGAGGGGGCACCCGGGCCGUAUCCAGCCUCCUCCCACUGGAAACAUGCAACGGCCCAGCUACAGCAACCCUCAAUGGGACACAGGGUUCCCGUGCCCACCACUGCCAACCCCUCAAGAAAUGUCCAACUUUGCAGCCCAGCCAAUGGUCCAACCGAACCCACCUGCGCCUCAGGAAUACCACAAACAGCCCCUUGGGGAAGAGGUCCCUGGGUGGCUUUGGCCAUGAAAGCAUGGGAACGGGACCCGUGGGUGGCCGUUGCCGCGAAGGUGGGCAAGCACCCACUGAUCGUGUGGGCAGUGUGUCGUCUCCACAACAGCUCUGACGACUUGGCCAUCUGCCUUCCCUUUUGGGUGGACACAGGGUCAGACGUCACCGUCAUCCCAGGAAUCCAGCCUAUGGGACCUGUCCAAAUGUCACUACCCAUGAACUCGAUGAUACCGAAAGGACAACCCUGUGCAGUGCUCGACAUCAAAGACUGCUUCUUUUCUAUCCCCCUGCACGAAACCCUUCACAUCGGAGUGAAAGCGCUUGCAAAAAAGUGCGGAAUUUCUACUGCAGACGCAUGUCGUCGCAACGUGCCCUCACUACCAGAAGUCGCCACUAUGGUCGAGUGGUGUCAACCCCAGAGGUCUCAAAGCCUCAGAAGUGUGGCAAACAGACUUUACCUUAUGCCAGCUGUUGAAACCUCGAGCGUGGCUCGCAGUUACUGUAGAUACGUACAGCGGCAUGAUUGUGGCCACACAGCAUCUCAAGACGGACUCCAAAG